CCUAAAUGUUCUGAACAAAAGUUAAGAAUUUGUUGAAAGAAGUAUUAGAUAAGUCACCAAACUCUACACUCACGCCUACACAUGCAGAUAAGAAGGAAAAUGGACUAGUGCUGUGGAAAAGCAGACAACAGCCUCGAGUAAUCAACCUCUGCAUAAAGAAAUCUAAUUUGUUCUCUUCCAUCACCAAAAUUUAAGUGAACUCUACUUGAUAUGGCUGCAUGCUCAAUAUUAAAUUAUUCUCCUAGACCCUUUGCCUUCUUGAAUACCGUGGUUUGGGAACUACACUACACAGUAAUUGGUAUGAAAUCAAUAAAGUGUUUGUAUGAGAGUUACUGUAAUGAAAACGAGUGGUUUUCAUUUGCUUUUUAAGUGCAUUGAAAUGAAUGGUUUUCUUGGUUUUCCUUUACUAUUUUUCUCACCAUUGAUUCUUUAUUGUUUUCCACUAAACAAAGUAGAAGCUAUUUCACCUCCAGAGCCAGAGGGUUUGUGCCUUGAGAGGAUUGGAAAUGGGACUUAUCUUAACAUGGUUCCUCAUCCUGAUGGCUCCCAGAAAGCUUUCUUUUCUAACCAGGAGGGUAAGGUAUGGUUGGCAACUAUUCCUGAUGAAGGAUUUUGCAAUGGGAUUUUGGAGCUGAAUGAAUCCACACCUUUUCUUGACAUUACUGAUGAAGUGCUUUUGGGCCCUGAGCAUGGUCUAAUGGGCAUGGCAUUUCAUCCGAACUUUGUGCAAAAUGGUCGUUUCUUCAUCUCCUACAACUGUGAUAAAAUGACAAAUCCAGGAUGUUCAGGGAGGUGUUCUUGCAAUACAGAUGUGAAUUGUGAUCCCUCAAAACUUGGUACAGAAGGGGGAAUUCAGCCAUGCCAAUAUCACAACGUUGUGGCUGAGUAUACUGCCAAUCAGACCGAGUUGUUGAUCAAUCUUAUUGUUCAAGAGCAGAGUUAUAAAGAAGUGAGAAGGAUAUUUACAUUAGCCAUUCCUGACAAGGAUGGGCAUGCUGGUCAAAUUAUUUUUGGACCCGAAGAUGGCUAUCUUUACCUCAUGACAAGCGAUGGUUAUCAUCGAGAUGAUCCUUAUAAUUUUGCACAGAACAAGAAGUCUUUGCUUGGAAAAGUCCUGAGGAUUGACAUAGACAAUAUACCAAGUACAAAGGAAAUACAAGAACAAGUCUUAUGGGGAAACUAUUCCAUACCAAGAGAUAAUCCAUACAUUGAUGACAAGGACUUGGAGCCUGAGAUUUGGGCAUUGGGUUUUAGUAAUCCUUGGCGCUGUAGCUUUGAUUCAGAACGGCCUUCAUAUUUUCUUUGCGGGGAUAGUGGCCAGGAUCAGUAUGAAGAGGUUGAUAUAGUAAAAAAGGGUGGGAACUAUGGUUGGAGAGUUUAUGAAGGCUCUUUUUUGUUCCACCCAACAAAGUCCCCUGGAGGAAACACUUCUGCCAAAUCCAUAAAGCCCAUAUUUCCUGUCAUGGGUUAUACUCACUCUCAGUUAAACUCUAGUGUUAAAUCUGCCUCUAUCAUAGGUGGCUAUUUCUACAGGUCAAUGACUGAUCCAUGCUUCUAUGGAAGGUACUUGUUCUCAGAUUUGUAUGCUGGGGCUGUUUGGGUUGGCACUGAAAGUCCUGAAAACAGUGGAAACUUCACCACUGCCACUGUCCCUUUUCGAUGUGCUUACGAUUCUCCGAUUCAAUGUGAGACUUUGACUGCCAGUGUUUCUCAUUCUGUGUUGGGAUAUGUCUUUUCUUGGGGAGAAGAUAACAAAAAAGAUGUUUAUAUAUUAGCAAGUACUGGUGUUUACAGAGUUACAAGACCAAGCAGAUGCAAUCUUAAAUGUGCCAAAGAAAGUAAAAGAGCAACAUGUGAGACUAGGAAAGAUCAUCAUUCUAUAUCCAAUGUUUCCAUAAAAUUGUUUAAGGGAUGCAAAGAUGUCAACUUUCUUAUCUUUUUCCUUCUUUACUUUCUCGGGUUUCAUCUUGUCAACUAAAAUAAACAAUCUUGAUGUUAAGGCUUUUAAGGUAAGGAACACUAUUUCACUCCAUUCCUCACCAAAAAACUUCAUUGACUUGUACAUAAUAUUUGGUGGACUGCAAAUCUUACAGAUGUUGUACUUAACAAGAAACCAUAUCUUAAAAGAUGGUGAAGAAUCGUAGUUAGUGGCAAAGCAGUAAAGCUUAAUUUGUUUCGACACAUGAACACAAGACAAAAUCAUGCCCAUAUUAUUUGGUCAAUGUUUGUUAAGAAGUC